AAUAAUAAUAAUAAUAAUAAUAAUAAUAAUAAUAAUAAUAAUAAUAAUAAUAAUAAUAAUAAUAAUAAUAAUAAUAAUAAUAAUAAUAAUAAUAAUAAUAAUAAUAAUAAUAAUAAUAAUAAUAAUAAUAAUAAUAAUAAUAAUAAUAACAAUAAUAAUAAUAAUAAUAAUAAUAAUAAUAAUAAUAAUAAUAAUAAUAAUAAUAAUAAUAAUAAUAAUAAUAAUAAUAAUAAUAAUAAUAAUAAUAAUAAUAAUAAUAAUAAUAAUAAUAAUAAUAAUAAUAAUAAUAAUAAUAAUAAUAAUAAUAAUAAUAAUAAUAAUAAUAAUAAUAAUAAUAAUAAUAAUAAUAAUAAUAAUAAUAAUAAUAAUAAUAAUAAUAAUAAUAAUAAUAAUAAUAAUAAUAAUAAUAAUAAUAAUAAUAAUAAUAAUAAUAAUAAUAAUAAUAAUAAUAAUAAUAAUAAUAAUAAUAAUAAUAAUAAUAAUAAUAAUAAUAAUAAUAAUAAUAAUAAUAAUAAUAAUAAUAAUAAUAAUAAUAAUAAUAAUAAUAAUAAUAAUAAUAAUAAUAAUAAUAAUAAUAAUAAUAAUAAUAAUAAUAAUAAUAAUAAUAAUAAUAAUAAUAAUAAUAAUAAUAAUAAUAAUAAUAAUAAUAAUAAUAAUAAUAAUAAUAAUAAUAAUAAUAAUAAUAAUAAUAAUAAUAAUAAUAAUAAUAAUAAUAAUAAUAAUAAUAAUAAUAAUAAUAAUAAUAAUAAUAAUAAUAAUAAUAAUAAUAAUAAUAAUAAUAAUAAUAAUAAUAAUAAUAAUAAUAAUAAUAAUAAUAAUAAUAAUAAUAAUAAUAAU